CGUUGGAACAAUUCGAAGUGAAACAUAAGAAACUGGUACAAUUUGUUACUAUAAAUGCACCAGUGGACACUUGGGCACAUAUUCAUUCUUGUGUAAACUUUCGAAGCAGAAGCAUCCAUUUAAACAACAAGGCAACACCAGCCAGCAAAAUGUCGAAAACAACCACCACUUCCAUUGUCAUCGCAUUCGUUGCAACAAUCAUACUCUGCCAUUGCAACAACUUCGUAGAAGCGCGUCCUGAUCAAUACGAUGCCGCUGCCGAGACGAGAAAUUUCAAAAGCGAAGUGAAAGAGGAUGGCAGCUACCAAUAUCAGUACGAAACUUCUAAUGGCAUUGCCGCUGGUGAAUCCGGUGUAGGCGGCUAUUAUGCGAGCGGCUCUUCAGCCUAUUAUGCGCCAGAUGGUCAACUCAUUCAACUGAGCUAUACCGCCGAUGAGAAUGGCUUCCAUCCGGCUGGCGAACAUUUGCCCACACCACCGCCAGUACCAAAGGCCAUUCUCAAGGCACUGGAAUACAUUCGUACACAUCCGCAGCAGGAGGACCGCAAGGGCGCCAGCGGCCAAGCUCAGUAUCAAGACAAGUUCUAAGUCCUUAGAUGAAUAAGUCCACAUGCAGAUAAACGUAUGAGUAUGCCGAAUCAUAUAAAUACGAGUACAUAUUGUGAGUAGAUGGGUUUUUAACACUUGUUUAAGUCGAAAAAAAAUGAUUGUUCUCUUCGAUUGUUUGGUUGCAAGCCUGCACAAUUCGCUUGUACAUAUCACUAGUAUAUACAUACAAAUUAUGUUUAAGAAGAAAAUUAAUAAAGUGUUAUCUUUUUGAAAUGUU